AUGUCCGCGCUCUGGGCACGCUUUACGGACAAGCUGAAGGGCUCCGGCUACACCCUCAGUGACCUGGUGUACUGCAGCGAGGACACUUUCCUCACCCUUGUCACGAAUAUGAACGCCUUCACUCCGCUGCAGAUCGCCUCACUGGCGAAGGAGUGGCAAAGGAGCCUGUCGGCGGCAGCGACACCGACAGUCACAGUUAGCGGGAGUGCGUUCGCAAUGUCGAGGCCUCACGCCGAGAGCACGCGGCUCAGCUCUUCACCUGCCCCGUCGUCGGCGCUGAACCGGGCGACGUUGCCGGCCACCGGUGCAGCAGAGACGUCACCGAAUCACUCCACACUGAGCACGGCAUUGCGGGAGAACGCGUUUGUGCCGCCGCCGCGGUCGCCGGCGAAAGUGAAGGAGGAGGCCGAGUAUCUGCUCACAAAGCUCGGCGCGCAGAGCGGGGUGGAGUAUCAAGUGUCGCUGACCGAAGGCAUUGUUGCCGUUGAGGCCUCGCCGGAGGCAUGGGGUCCAUUGUUAGACCGCGUUUCGCGCAUGCAUCUGACAAGCCACCGUGACAGCGCCGCCUCGCCGGCGACGGUGUUGCAGUUGCUGUGGAAGCUGUGCAGUCCCGCGACACUGCGCAAGAUGGAAAAGGCGUGCGUGUCUGGCGCGCCUUUUGGGCUGUCGAAUCAAGAUGACGCGGACGGACUGUGCUCGAGUGCUGUGGUUCUGUACGACAAGGAUGCCACCCGCCUCGCCGCGCCGGCGCAGGAGCUCGAGCAACUGUUUCGCGAGGGGUGGGGACUGGUGGCGUUUGACGUGGCGGUUGGCAAAGCGCGCACGGUGACCAAGGAGGAGGCGCAGGACCUCAACGCAAACCUCUACCGCUUUUCGAUGGAGCAAUGCCUCGAGAUGCUGGAGGAAGCCGGCUUCGACGCCUUCCACAUCCCCUCGCGCAACGCCGUGGCGGUGUGCCACAUGCAUCAGCUGAUGCCCCGCUUCGUCGUCUUUGUUAGCACGCUGGAGCCGGUCGUGGUGACACGCCGCCUGGGCGAUGCUGUUCCGGCGGUCGGAAACGGCCGCCCGUCCCGUGCCCCUCCUGCGCCGGUAGCAUUGCCUUCUCCCUUUGCUUCCGCUCCUGCUGCCUUGCCCGCAGUGAGAGGAACCAUCAACGGCGGCAAUGACGCCCUUGCCUUGGCUAACCGGUCGCCGCGGAACAGUGAGGAGCUGCAGUGCGCGGUGCAUUCGAAGAAGAUGGUGGAGUUCUGGUCGCCAACGGAGAAGCGCCUGCUCUGCAGUCACUGCCUGUACUACGACGGGUACUCGCAAGAGAACUGCGUCCCGAUCGAGCAGGCUGCGCGCGACGAGGCGCCACGGUUGGAGCGGUGGGUGCAGAACGCCAUCACCUUUUCGCAGGAGAUCAAAAGUGUCUUUGGCCUGUUCGAGGCGGCGCAGACAGACGUGUCGCAGACGCACAAGCAAGUCCGCAGCGACAUCGCGCAUAGCUUCACGCGGCUGCGCGCGCGACUUGACGCACUGGAGGCGAACCUGCAGCAGCAGUGCCAGCAAAAGGCGCAGCAGAAUCUCCAGGCACUGCAGGAUACCCUCUCCCGCAUCGCUGCGACGGUGCAAUUUGUCGGCGAGGUGGUACAGGACGCCGACGAACCGGUCGCUGCCUAUCGCGGCGGUGUUGCGGACACGAGCACCUGCGUCGCGCUGCUGCGCAGCGCGCAGCGUGCAUUCGGGGCGUGGGAGCCGGUCACCAUCUCAGCGUACGAAGACGUCCGCAUCGUCGACGGUAGCGCCCUCCUGCAGCCAGUGGAGGAGGCGCUCAAGGCGGUGCAGCCCAUCAGUAGCGAGGCUGGCAAGGUGCAGCUGCCUGAAGCGAUCGACGUUAACUACCUCAAGUCCGACUGCGACGUGUAA